CGAGAGUAUCAAGUUUAGGUAUAUGUAUCCGCAUAUACUUAUUAACGUUGCUUCCAUUAGGAACUGUUCAAUGAAUACAUAACAUUGAACUGCGCAAAUUAAUAAAAAAAAAAAACAAUUGAACGUUAUAAAAUAAGAUCAAACUGGUAAAUGGGAUAUUAGAAAUGAUAUAGAACACAAUAUAUAACCUGGAAAUCCAAGUUAUGAUUAUUGUUGAUGUAACGUAUUCGAUGAGAAAUAAUGGAUAAAGUUUUAACGAAUACUUUACAAAUAAGUCGACGUUUAACCCGCAAAUUUUUAAUAGUAUAUCAACCUCAAAAAAUCUUAAAGAAUUAUGUGCUAUGUAUGCAUACUUGCAGUAAUGCUCGCAUUUUACAACCAUACUUAUUAUCCGUUACAAAACAAUUUGAAAUCAAUAGUAUGCAGAAAUGUAAUAUGUUCAUACAAACACAAGAUACUCCAAAUCCUAAUAGUUUAAAAUUUCUACCUGGAGUUAAAGUGCUCGAACAAGGUCAAACUAAGGAUUUUCCUAAUAUCACCGAUGCAUAUUGUUCACCAUUGGCGAAAAUGUUAUUUCGCGUAGAAGGUGUAAAGUCUGUAUUUUUUGGACCUGAUUUUAUUACAAUUACAAAAAUAGACGAGGAUGUCGAAUGGAAGUUACUGAAACCAGAAGUAUUUGCUGUUAUCAUGGAUUUCUUUGCAACCGGUUUGCCUGUGUUAAAUGAAGAUCAACCUGCAGCAGAUACUCAAAUUACCGAAGACGAUGAUGAAAUUGUACAGAUGAUAAAAGAGUUGUUAGAUACUCGUAUACGACCAACAGUUCAAGAGGAUGGCGGUGAUAUUGUAUUUAUGGGAUUUGAAGAAGGAAUAGUAAAAUUAAAAAUGCAAGGGUCUUGUACAAACUGUCCAAGUUCCGUAGUCACUCUAAGAAAUGGAGUUCAGAAUAUGAUGCAGUUCUACAUUCCAGAAGUUCUCGGAGUAAUUCAGGUAGAAGAUGAAACCGAUCAAAUUGCGAAGAAAGAGUUUGAAAAAUUGGAACAAAAAAUUAAAUCGCCCGAACGGGAUAAAGAGUAGUAAAAAGCACGAUGUAGUUCAGUGAUUAUGUUAACAAAUAUGAUGUAAAUAAAAUAUUAAAUGUGUAGAUUUAA